GGCAUGAAAAGACUCCAUUGAAGUGACCCAUCGAUUCGACAACGCAGGUUUUUCGGAACUGGCUAGUCAAAACCUUUGAAAGCUCGAGAUUGGAGCUUAGCUGCGAUCAGUCUGCAUUUAUCGUAGUUGCUGACUACUAUCCCUUCAACCGACGCGCAGCUACUUGACGCCAACCAGAAAACCCCGUUUAUUGUUGUGCUUCUCGCUUCUUCCCUGGGCAACACAACGCUGUCGUUUUGCAGUACAUUUCUGCUUACUGCCCCGCGCUCCGGUGGCUCAGGAGAGACAAUCAACUUAAGAUCCUUCGCCUGAACAAAGUCUGUAGCGCUAUCUUUCGGAUACCACGUAGUCAUCAUGGAGAACUACCAGAAGAUCGAGAAAAUCGGAGAGGGAACCUACGGUGUUGUUUACAAGGCCCGUGAGCUCACACAUCCUAACCGCAUUGUCGCCUUGAAAAAGAUUCGGUUAGAGGCAGAAGAUGAAGGCGUUCCAAGCACGGCCAUCCGUGAGAUCUCCUUGCUGAAGGAAAUGAGCGAUCCCAACAUUGUACGACUCCUCAAUAUUGUCCAUGCAGAUGGCCACAAGUUAUACCUCGUUUUUGAAUUCCUGGACCUGGACCUUAAGAAAUAUAUGGAGGCCCUGCCUGUAAGCGAAGGUGGACGUGGUAAAGCACUCCCGGAUGGCUCUGCACUAAGCAAAAGUAUGGGGCUGGGAGAUGCGAUGGUCAAGAAAUUCAUGGCUCAAUUGAUUGAGGGAAUUCGCUAUUGCCACAGCCACCGUAUCUUGCAUCGGGAUCUCAAGCCUCAGAACCUCUUGAUCGACCGUGACGGCAACCUGAAAUUGGCAGACUUUGGACUGGCAAGAGCAUUUGGUGUUCCUUUGAGAACAUACACACACGAGGUUGUGACACUGUGGUAUCGCUCUCCCGAAAUCCUCCUGGGUGGACGCCAGUACUCCACUGGUGUUGACAUGUGGUCUUGUGGAGCUAUCUUUGCAGAGAUGUGCACUCGAAAGCCUCUUUUCCCUGGAGACUCCGAAAUCGAUGAAAUCUUCAAGAUUUUCCGACUCCUUGGUACACCGGACGAAAUUGCCUGGCCUGGCGUCACCUCCUUCCCCGACUAUAAGCCGACCUUCCCCAAGUGGAAGCGUGAAGAAACCCGCACACUCGUUCCUGGCUUAGAAGAAGAUGGCCUUGAUCUCCUGGACGCCCUCCUCGAAUACGAUCCAGCACGGCGUAUCUCUGCCAAGCAGGCUUGCAUGCACCCAUACUUCCAGCACGGUAGCUCUUACUACUCCGGUCGCACACGCAGGCACUAAGAGAGACCUUCGUCAUGUAUAAUGUAUUCGUGGACGGCUGGAGCAGACCCAGAGGCGCUAUCCGUAUAGCGUAACAGCGCUCCUGUUCUCGCGUCUAUUGCCUACCCUCAGAAUACCUUCGACGCUCUUAUGUUUCUCCUUUUUUCUAUUCACUUUGUCUUCUUUUAAUUCUACAUCUUCCUUUUCCGAUUGGUUUGCGGUUUAUUACAUGUCUUCCAUUCCUUUGUUCAUGGCGUUAAUCAUGGUGCGAUGACCGGCAGGAAAGAGAUUAGGUUACUGGAUAUUGCAAGGAGUGUUGUCUUGAUGUAUGCAUACAUACCCA